CAAAAAAAAAAAAAAAACUUUCGAUGAUUGCUAGGUUUCUCGAAUUUUUCUUACAAACAAAACAUUUUUUUUUCUCAUAAAAUUUCGGAAAAUCGAACUAAGUUUCUCCUGUUUGCCUGUCUUUUAUAACAUAGUACUGUUUUUUUUGUUUUUCUCUUUCUAAGAUCUAUUAUCUGCUUAAAACAUGGGCGGACUUUCCUUAAUGCCACUUCUUCAUUACGCAUAGAUUUCUGAUCUUGAAAGAAAAAAUCAAUUUUGGUUGUUUGAUUUAAAAAAAAAAAAAACGAGAGGUAGAUGAGCAGCAACAACACAAGCAACAUCGUUGGUGUUCGAGACAUGGCUAAUGGCAGUGGUGGUGGUGACUAUGAAAGCUCCAGUUUAAAGAAGGCAAAGAAACAAAGGAUCCCUAAAAGAGGACCUGGAGUUGCUGAACUUGAGAAGAUAUUGCGUGAACAAGAGCAAAAAGAUGGUCAUACAUCAUCAUCUUUAGUUCCUUCACUUCCCAAUUUUUACCCUUCUUUGCCAAGAAGUGCUUCUUUUCUCGCUGAUAAUCAUCACCAUCAUCAUCAUCCAAGUUCACCACCACCUUCAAUGGCUGCCCUUCAUGGUAAUUGCAAUGGUAGUUCACAGUUAAGAUCAUGUGGAAAUGUAGGUGGUAAUAAUGGUCCUAGUAAAGGAGUCUAUAUUAACGGAUCAGGCGUAUAUUUGCCUGAACAAACCUUGUUGCCGAUUUCUUGGGGCUCAUCUGAGGAACCAGCUCCUAAAAUGGCUGCUGAUUUUUCAUUCCCUAUGCCUCUUUCAAACGGAUCCAGUCAUACCGUGUUGCAAAGGAACCAUCUUUCAAUGAUGGAUCUUUUCCCGUUAUCAACAUUAUCGUCUUCAUCAACAACCCCAUCAUCAUCUACAGGGGUAUAUCAUCAUGUAGAGCCCCCUUCAAACCAAAAACCUUGUUACAUAUCAACACUUUUGCCUGAGGAAGACAAGAUGAUGAGUGCCAAGCGGUCAAGGCCUAAUGUCCCAGUCGAGAACUGGCCGGCGGCAGCUCCGUCUCGCAUGUCCUUUCAACAACCUAUCCGCCCUCAAGUCUCCAGGCUUGAUCCUUCAUCUUCGUCUACCAACAAUGGUGUCUUUAGCUUUGGAAUAUCCGGAGACUCAAUGCCGACAAACCCUUUGGAGCUGAAACUGAAAACAUGCGUUAAUGAUAACCCUAGUGGCUAUGGAAAUGGCAAUGGUAAUGGAAGUCGUCCCUUCAUCACAUUAUUAAGCUCUCCAACAACUCAAAAUUGCCAACCAGACUUACCCAAAUUCAUCAAACAAUUCCCUUUCCAAGAAAACAAUGAAGGGUGUUUACUGCAAAAAUCGUCAUCAGAAUCUGAGGUAUUACCAGUGCAUAACAAGAGUUUCUUUAGCUUCUUAUUACAAUCAGCUGAAGAGGUGCAAAGGGGUAGUACUUCAGCUGAAGCCACACUUUGUCUGAGUACUGGAAAUUGUUGUACUGAAAAAACAGGAGAUUUUAUUGAUCUUAACUUAAAGCUUUAAAGUGGUGUCUCUUUCAUUAGGGAAAUGUAGUCCCCAAAGAAUUUAGAUAUAUAGAUAUAGAUACAGAUAUCUCAUGUACUAGACUGUUUUUUUUUUUUUUUUUUUUUAAUUUUCUCAGCAGCUAGACUGGUUAUGUUUUUUGGAUAAUAGAUAUAGAUGUUGGCUUUUAA